UUCCCAUUUUUAAAUGCUGUCAAUUUCAUCAUCUCUUUCCCCCAACUACUCAAUAUAUACCCCUCUUUUAGUUCAAAUCCUUUCCCUACACAUUUUUUUCAUAAAGCUGAAACUUCAAUCCACAAUUGUACUAGCUAUUAUUUUAGAUCUCUGGAAAAUCAUAUUGAAAUUGUGUUUUCGGCCAUUAAAAUUGAUUGUUUAGAGAAAAUGCAUCCGGAAAUAGUAAACGAAGAGUUUGAGGCAAAGCAAAAAGUAAAAGAAGACGAACCCAAAAUUAAUUUAGAAGAAGAGGACGAUGAUGAAGAGAAUGAUCAUGAGAUUGAACUUGUUGAUGCUACUGAAGAAGAUUUUUCAUUUGUAUGUGGAGUACUUACAUCACCUGUAGCAGCAGCUGAAGCAUUUGAUAAUGGUCAAAUCAGACCAUUUUUUCCUCUCUUCAAUCAAGAUCUUCUCUUAUCUGAUAUUGAUUUCCAGCACUUGAAAAAACGCGCACCUGUCAACAAGGUAUUCAUUGAAAAAGAUAAUAGCAACAAUCCUCCAAUAACAACAUCCGAUGAAGAAAUCUCCGGACCUUAUUGCGAGUGGUCGAAAAAGACAACAAAUAUAAAUAAUUCAGCUGAAAAUAAGAGUACUUGCAAAAAAAGUAAUUCAACUGGAUUUUCAAAGCUUUGGAGAUUUCGAGAUUUCAUGAAUAGGAGUAACAGUGACGGAAGAGAUGCCUUCGUAUACUUGAACAACAAUACUAGUACUACAACGUCGUCUAUGUCAAACGUUAACAAGAAAGAAGAUAAAGUUGUUGUCACCGAGAAGAAAGAGAAAAGCAGUGGAGACGGAGUUGUAAAAUUAGUAACACAAAAUAAGAAGAACAUUAAAAAGAGUGAAGCUGUGUUAGCACAUGAAGUUUAUAUGAGAAGUAAAGCCAAACAUGAGGAACGCCGACGAUCCUAUCUUCCUUACCGGCCGGACCUUGUUGGUUUCUUCACUAAUGUUAAUGGUGGAUUAACCAAAAAUGUACACCCAUUUUAACAUAAUUAAAAUUAUAUUUUUCUUUUCAA